AUGGUUCUUUGUUCUUCUAGAUUAUGUAAAAAGCGAAAUUUGAUUGAUACUUGGAAAGCUACCUAUGAAUCAGCUCAAGUCUGUAUUAGUGGUGCUAUUGAACUUAAAAAAUUGGCAUAUGAAUCAGAUCAAUCAUCAAUUGGUAUAUUUUGUUUAUGUAGACCACCUGGACAUCAUGCAAAUCAGAAUUUAUGUGGUGGAUAUUGUUUUCUUAAUAAUGUUGCAAUUGUUACCAACAUUUUAAUUGAUAAAGAAAAAAAUUUGAAAAAAGUUGUAAUUUUAGAUAUUGAUUAUCAUCAUGGUAAUGGAACUCAAGAUAUUUUUUAUUCAGAUUCAAAUCCCUUAUAUGUUUCAUUUCAUGCAGAAAAUGAUUAUCCAUGGUAUACAGGUGAUGAGUCAGAGAUUGGAAUUGGUGAAGGUGAAAGUUACAAUAUCAACGUUCCUCUAUCAAAAAAUACUGAUGAUCAACAGUAUUUAGAACAAUUAAAAAAUAUUAUAAAUAAUAAAAUUAUUCCUUACAAUGCAAAUUAUCUUGCUGUUUCGUUAGGAGUUGACACAUACAAAGAUGAUCCAAUUGGAGGGUUAAACCUUACUUCUGAAUGUUAUCUUGAAAUUGGCAAACUUAUUAAAUCAAUAAAUUUGCCAACUUUAUUUGUAUUGGAAGGUGGAUAUCAUCUAGAAACCAUAGGAAUUAAUCUAAACACCAAAAUGACUUUUGUUCAUAUAAGAUUAUUUUCUGAUUAUUUAUUUGGUAAAUUUAAUGAUAAACCACAAUUGCCAAAUACAAUAUGA